AUAGGUGGAGAAGAGGAAGAGAGAGUGAGAGAAACAGCGAACAAGUUGGUUGUUGGUGUAGUUGUAGUUGUUUUGGCACCAAUUAAACCUUUUUAUGGGACCUUGAAAUCCUUCUGCCUCUAAACUCAAGUGGGUCACUCUAUUUUUGAUUUGAGGUCCUACUCUUACUUCUCUUCUCCCACUUGCUCCUCCUCUUAGUUGUCUCUUUUCUUGCUUCUGUUUCUUCUCUCUUUUUUCUAUGCCUUCCUCUCUAUUCUACUCUUUAUCCUAAGAAAGAUCUAAUCUUUUCUCUUCUCACUUAUGUUCAAGGUUGAAGCGUUCAAUAUCUUUGUUUGAUGUUCUUCAAACUUUGAUUGUUUUGAUCUUCAAGAGGGUGGUGUUAUUAAAAGUGGAUGUUUAUCUUUCAAUUAAAGCAUCUGGGUACUUUUGUUGUGUAAGUCAAAAGGGUGGUUUUCUGUUGGAUUGCUUAGAGCUUUGUGAUUUUUGACUUGGUGGCUUGAGAUUUAUUCAUGCUUGGUCCAAGACAAUGGAGAUGUUUAUGGCCAGAUUUUUAUUUUUUUAGCAUUCAAUACAUUAGCUUGGUGAAAUAGUAUGAAGAAUCUUCUCAAGAAGCUUCAUAUCAUGUCUAAUCCAUCAGAAGAUCCAGAAGGAUCAGCUUCAUCAAAGAUUAGUAAGUCCCAUGAAUUACCAGCAUCGUCAUCGUCAUCAUCAUCAUCAUCCCUCCAUAAUCCUGAGAAUAAAUCCAAUUCUGGUCUUUCAAAUUGGUUGAAUUCAGUUGUAAAUAGAAAAAGUCCAAGUCCACCAUCUUCUUCAAAUGUGACAAGAGCAGAAAGAACAACUGAGCCUGCUGAUUUGGUUAGUGGUAGUGGCUCAGAUGUUGUUUUGGAUACUGUGAGGCAUGACUCAGGGUCCACUAACUCCAGGGAUCCUGAUAUAGAGGAAGAGUAUCAGAUACAAUUGGCUUUGGAGUUGAGUGCAAAGGAGGAUCCUGAGGCUGUUCAGAUUGAGGCUGUUAAGCAAAUCAGUUUAGGUUCUUGUGAUCCUGAAAAUACUCCUGCUGAAAUUGUUGCAUAUAGAUACUGGAAUUACAAUUCUCUUAGCUAUGAUGACAAGAUCUUGGAUGGAUUUUACGACCUGUAUGGAAUCUUGAUGGCGUCCUCCUCAGACAAAAUGCCAUCCCUUGUUGAUUUGCAAGGAACACCUGUUUCAGAUGGUGUCACCUGGGAAGCGGUUUUGGUCAAUAGAUCUGCUGAUGCAAAUUUGUUAAAACUUGAACAGAAGGCCCUUGAGGUGGCUGUCAAGUUAAGAUCACAAACUCUAGCUUCUGUGAGCAGCGAUUUGGUGCAAAAGCUUGCUGUUUUAGUUGCUGAACACAUGGGUGGACCAGUUGGGCAUCCUGAAAACAUGUUAAGAGGAUUUCAAAGUCUUAGUUCCAGUUUGAAAGCAACUCUUGGUAGUAUGGUUUUGCCGCUUGGUUCUCUAAGAAUUGGUUUAGCUCGUCACCGUGCAUUGUUGUUUAAGGUUAUCGCUGAUAGUGUGGGCAUCCCUUGCCGGUUGGUGAAGGGACACCAAUAUACAGGUUCUGAUGAUGUGGCAAUGAAUUUUGUAAGGAUUAAUGAUGGAAGGGAGUACAUUGUUGACCUAAUGGCAGAUCCUGGAACUCUUAUUCCUUCUGAUGCAGUUGGGUUACAUAUAGAUUUAGAUGAAUCUUUUUACUCAGCCAGUCCUUUAUCAAGAGACAUUGACUCAUCUCAUGUAGCCUCCUCCAGCAGUGGGGUUGGGAGCUCAUUUGAAGAACAUUCCGAGUUUGGGACAUCUGAAAAGAGAUCCAGGUUCAGAAGUUCUGUUGCUAUAGCCAGUCAAUCUGAAGACACUGGAAAAUUUGAUACUUCUACAACUUUUACUGGGACAAUUAAAGGUGAGGAAGAAUCCAAUAAAAUUCUUUCCAAUUUAGAGAGCGUGCCAGCACGAGAAGUUCCAGGCAGGUCUGGUUAUCCUUACACUCAUGGAAGAUCUCCUUCCUGGACUGAAGGUGUUGGCUCUCAAACAGCGCGUAGAAUGAAAGUGAAAGAUGUUUCACAAUACAUGAUUAAUGCUGCCAAAGAGAAUCCACAAUUAGCUCAGAAGCUUCAUGAUGUGUUGCUUGAAAGUGGUGUUGUUGCUCCUCCAAAUCUGUUUACUGAAAUUUAUCAAGAGCAAUUAGAUGCAUCCACAGCUGAGAUCAGGUCACCAACUGAAACGAAGGAUGAAAAUAAACAGGGUUUUGGAACUGGGGAAAGUAAGGAUCAACAUGAUCUGAGUUCAGCUCGUUUUUUGCCUCCGCUACCACGUCAAAGAGUGUAUUCCAAGGGAACUCCUCUUUUUGACCAACCUGAGUAUCUUAAUAAGCCUGCUGAAGGUUUAGGGUUCAAUUUUCCUGAUAUAAGGGAAUCGACUGGACAGCCUUCCUCACUGCAGUCUGAUGUGACACCUAUAAAAUACCGAAAGGAUGUCCCUGUGGCUGCUGCGGCAGCUGCAGCUGCAGCUGCUGUUGUUGCAUCUUCAAUGGUAGUAGCUGCAGCAAAGUCAAACACUGACUCAAAUAUUGAACUUCCUGUGGCUGCUGCAGCCACUGCUACUGCUGCAGCUAUGGUAGCAACAACUGCAGCUGUGAAUAAGCAGUAUGAGCAGGGUGCACGAAGUGAUGGAGAUACAGAUUCUGCUGGUUAUGAGCCACGUGGUAGUGGAGGGCUGGAACAUGGUUCUUUCGGGGCAAAUUCAGAAGCUGAGAGAGUAUCAGAUAGAUCAGCUGGCAAUGAUAGCACAAAAUCUGAUCUUGAUGAUGUUGCGGAAUGUGAGAUUCCAUGGGAGGAACUCACCUUGGGUGAACGUAUUGGACUUGGAUCAUAUGGAGAGGUAUAUCGUGGGGAAUGGCAUGAAACUGAAGUUGCGGUGAAGAGGUUCCUAGACCAAGAUAUUUCUGGUGAAUCACUUGUAGAAUUCAAAAAAGAGGUCCUACUCAUGAGAAAGCUUAGGCACCCGAAUGUUGUUCUCUUCAUGGGAGCUGUAACUCGUGUUCCAAAUCUCUCAAUUGUUACAGAAUUUCUUCCUAGAGGUAGUUUGUAUAGGUUACUUCAUCGGCCUAACAAUCAAUUAGAUGAGCGGAGACGCUUGAGGAUGGCCCUGGAUGCUGCUCGGGGAAUGAAUUACUUGCACAACUGCACGCCAGUAAUUGUACAUCGUGAUUUGAAGUCUCCAAAUCUUCUAGUUGAUAGAAAUUGGGUUGUCAAGGUAUGUGAUUUUGGGUUAUCACGGAUGAAGAACAGCACAUUUCUGUCUUCAAGGUCAACUGCUGGAACGGCUGAGUGGAUGGCUCCAGAAGUGCUCAGAAAUGAACCUUCAGAUGAAAAGUGUGAUGUUUAUAGUUUUGGGGUCAUAUUAUGGGAGCUAUCUACGAUGCAACAGCCAUGGGGGGGAAUGAACCCAAUGCAAGUUGUUGGUGCAGUAGGAUUCCAACACCGCCGUUUGGACAUUCCAAAUAAUAUGAAUCCAGCCAUUGCAGAUAUAAUUCGGAAGUGCUGGCAGACAGAUCCAAGAUUGAGGCCAACGUUUGCAGAAAUCUUGGCUGCUCUGAAGCCAUUGCAGAAGCCUAUAACUAGUUCACAAGUGCCUAGACCAAUUGCACCAUUAAGUAGUGGCCAAGAGAGGGGCCAGAACCAGACAGCGAGAUUUAUUGACGACUCAACAGGCUAAAAGAUCAAAGUUUGCAAACAGACUGAAUCUCGGCUCAUCGGACUGCCAAAACAUGUUGGCAAGUCCUGGAAUGUUGGAACAGAUAUAAGACAAACAUAACGGAUUUGAUAGAAGAUGAUGAACCAAACAUAUACUCCACUUGAGAUGAUUGUGAUUCUUUCCUUCUUUUCUCUCAACAAUUUUCCUUUUCUCUUUUUGUAUUCUUAUUGGUGCAGCCUCCUCAAUCUUGUGUAUUUGUUUGUAAAAAAAAGGUUCAAUUGCAAUUGUUGUAAUCAAUGUUUUGCAUUUGUUUUUGUGUUCCAUGUGUUGUUCUUCAGGUCAUAUGAUCGUAACUGAAGAAAGUCAUACAAAAAAUGGAAACCAUUUUGCUGCAAUAAUCAAACUAGUGGUCAAUUUUGAAUUGAAA